UCCUGUCGGUGACGACCGCCUAGAUCCGGGGAAGGGUUUUGCAGAAGUACCCAGAACUGUGUCCAAGGUUUCCUCAGAUUUGGGCUGUUCCGCAGCGGCAGGUCCCGGGAACCAAGGCAACAGACAUCUUCCUAGGCUCGCGAGAGCGCCCCCUUGUCCCACGGCUGCUGGGGCCCCCCAGUAGCCAUGGCUCCGGUGUCCGGCUCGCGCAGCCCGGAUAGGGAGGCCUCGGGCUCGGGGGGAAGACGUCGCAGUUCGUCGAAGAGUCCGAAGCCCAGCAAAUCUGCCCGCUCCCCGCGGGGCCGCCGCUCUCGCUCGCACUCUUGCUCUCGGUCCGGGGACCGGAAUGGACUCACCCAUCAGCUGGGUGGCCUCAGCCAAGGCUCCCGAAACCAGUCCUACCGCUCACGCUCCCGGUCGCGUUCUAGAGAGCGGCCCUCUGCGCCCCGGGGCAUCCCCUUCGCUUCUGCCUCCUCGUCAGUCUAUUACGGCAGCUACUCGCGCCCCUACGGGAGCGACAAGCCUUGGCCUAGCCUCCUCGACAAGGAGAGGGAGGAGAGCCUGCGGCAGAAGAGAUUAAGUGAGAGAGAGAGAAUUGGAGAAUUGGGAGCUCCUGAAGUAUGGGGACUUUCUCCAAAGAAUCCUGAACCAGAUUCUGAUGAACAUACACCAGUGGAGGAUGAAGAGCCAAAGAAAAGCACUACUUCAGCUUCUACUUCAGAAGAAGAAAAAAAGAAGAAGUCUAGCCAUUCAAAAGAAAGGUCCAAGAAAAGGAGAAAGAAAAAAUCAUCGAAAAGAAAACAUAAGAAGUAUUCUGAAGAUAGCGACAGUGACUCUGAUUCUGAAACAGACUCCAGUGAUGAAGAUAACAAAAGGAGAGCAAAGAAAGCCAAGAAAAAGGAAAAGAAGAAGAAACACAGAUCGAAGAAAUAUAAGAAAAAGAGGUCUAAGAAGAGCAGAAAAGAGUCCAGUGAUUCAAGCUCUAAAGAAUCCCAAGAAGAGUUUCUGGAAAAUCCCUGGAAGGAUCGAACAAAGGCUGAAGAACCAUCAGAUUUAAUUGGCCCAGAGGCUCCAAAAACACUUACCUCUCAAGAUGAUAAACCUUUGAACUAUGGCCAUGCUCUGUUACCUGGUGAAGGUGCAGCUAUGGCUGAAUAUGUAAAAGCUGGAAAACGUAUCCCACGAAGAGGUGAAAUUGGCUUGACAAGUGAAGAAAUUGCAUCAUUUGAAUGCUCAGGUUAUGUAAUGAGUGGUAGCAGGCAUCGCCGAAUGGAGGCUGUGCGACUGCGAAAAGAGAACCAGAUCUACAGUGCUGAUGAGAAGAGAGCCCUUGCAUCCUUUAACCAAGAAGAGAGACGAAAGAGAGAGAACAAGAUUCUGGCCAGUUUUCGAGAAAUGGUUUACAGAAAGACCAAAGGGAAGGAUGACAAAUAAAGAUUUUCUGAUUGUCCAGAAGACAUUUUUAACAACAAAAAAGAAAGUCUGGGUUCCACACAUACAUAGAAAAAGAUUAUUAUGUUCUGAGAAAGCUUUACAGUGCUACUGUGCCUUCUAUUUAAUUCUUUCAGUCCUUCAAUAAAAAGCUGCUUAUUGAUAUAACUUUA